GUGGUUGCGGAGAGACGCGACGCGCGAGACCCUGACGUCACCAGUGACCACGUCCACCAACGUUGUCCCAAGCCUCAUCUCUCACAGCCAAGCACUUCUAUCAUAAAGUACUGUAUCUCAAACCGAACAUGGCAUUGCAACUGCUUCUGAACCUACUUCCUGGCACAAUCGCAACUCCCUACACCACAGCAUUCGCCAUGAGCAACCCUACUCACAACCAAGGUAUGUAUGAGAGUACGCUCCUCCAUCUCGUGCAUGUCGCUGACCUCCGCGUUCUCUUCUCUCUCCCUCGCCAGCCCCAGCGGCCUACGCCCAAGCCAUCGCAACCAACGAAGACAAAAAGGAACCCGCCGUCGACUCCAAAACCACAAGCACCCACACCGAAAGCGGCGCAAAGCAUACCGCUGCGACCAAGGAGCCCCAGCCUGCUGCUCCGGGAACCGAGGAGCCUGGUCCGAAGAUCCCGAAGGCGGGGGAGAAUGAGGCGGAUUUGACGGCUGGCGGGUUGCUUACGUUUGGGCUAGGGCCUUGAAGUGGUUCCAUAACUAGCUAUGCAGUGGGGAUGCCAAUUAUCUGUAACAUUCGUUUUUCUUUUUGAGAUCCUGGUUUGAAUU